CCGUACAGUAGGUGGCUGCAAUACACCAAUAGGUGUAAUCGGCCAUAAAACUUUAAAGAAGAAGAACAGAAGUGAACAGUGACCAGAAAAAUGCGUUGUAAUUUAGACAUUUAACAUAAUUACCCCAGGCAGUGUUUAAUUUGGGCUUUGUUUAUAGGUGCUAUCUGGCUGCUGGUUAGCUAAAAAUGGCUAACGUUAACUGUAUGGUUUUUCACACUCAGAUAGCCUCCAUCAUGGAGGUUCUAGCAAAUGCAGCCGUGGCAGAGAUCUGUAAAGUCGUAGACGACGACUAUGCAGUGUUUCGUUUGGAAAUAACUCAAAGCCAGAAAGAAAACAGGGGAUUGCGGAGGAAGCUACAGCUAUUGGAACUGAAGGUGGCACGUGAACGCGCAGAGAGAAUUGUGCGAGAGCGCGCCCUCGCCAGUCGUCCCAGUGUCAAGAUCCUCGACAGAUACAGAGGAAUGGCAAAAGGUGAAGGACAUCUCACUGGAGGCCACAGGAGCUUUGUGAAGCCAGCAGGACACAAUACAUGGAGAGAUAACCAACCAAUCACUGUUGAUGAGGGGAGCGGAACCUCAACCCAGCACGUUAUCGUUAUAGAGUCUGCAGAUACAGGUCCUGGGGUUAAGCAGGAGAGGUCUGAAGGAGAGCAGGACCCACGGCAAAGCAGAGACAUUCAGACUGGAUUGGCUGGAGUGCCCCCUAUAGCCAUGCAGGACCCCACCACCGCCCCAGUGCAGCCCAGAUCCCGACACAGCAUCACGGAGGUCAGUGGACCGCUGAACACCGUCCUCAAGACAGAGACAGAUACCAAUACUUUAACUGUAACACACAGGCUGUUACACACAGGAUCUGACCACAGAUCAGACCCAGAGAGACUGGAGCAACUGGGCUGUCCUCCUGCUUCUGGCUCAGAGUAUUUACCGAUAUUUCGCAAGAGGACGGUUCAUUCCUUUGGGGAUGGUGACGCGUUAGACACUGGCGGUAAUGAUCCGUCUUGUUCUUACGCUACAGAGAUGGACCCUGGCAUCAUGCCCUUGGUUUUAGAGACACAGACUGAUCUGUCUAGAGGGGACUGGAAUCGGUACAGUAGUAGUGUACACUCUGAAGGGUGCCUAGAUAAACAAGGGGAGGGUCUGGUCGUAGAUGAAGUGACUGUGAAAGUGGAGGGCGACGUUCCUCCCACAUGGAAUGCAGCUAGUCACCUAGGAGACGGACACUCACAGGGCAGAGAUUUCUUAGAUUACAGGAAAAGCUUAGAGACAAAUCCAGAUGUCAUUACCCACUCCCCUUUACACAUGCUCGGGGAUCGCGACCCAGUGUCCACGUCGAUGGGGCCUUCCGAUUCACAUGACAGCGUCCUUUUCGAUCAGGUAUUGAACUCAAACGACAGGACUAGAGCCCAGGCUCAGGGAGGGGGAGCCACAUCAGGCAACAGUAAAGAGAAACGGUUCCUCUGCAUGUUCUGUAACAAAGGAUUCAGCUGCCUCCAGAAGGUGGAGAUCCACCAGAGGGUCCACACAGGGGAGAAACCCUUUAGUUGUACUCAGUGUCAUAUGCGCUUCACCCAGGCUGGCCACCUGAAGAGACACCAGAUGGUCCACACAGGGGAAAAACCCUACAGCUGUACCCAGUGUCACAUGCGUUUCGCCCAGGCUGGUGACCUGAAGAGGCACCAGAGGGGUCACACAGGGGAGAAACCCUACAGCUGCCCCCUUUGUGAGAAUAGGUUCUCAGAGAGGACCUACCUCAGGAUUCACCAGCAGAAAAAACAUUCCACUCAAUAGAAAAUAACCAUUCCACUUGAUAGCUUCUGACUUGAGAUCAAACCCUUCACUAAAGACAAGGAUUCAUUUUUAUUUUUGUCAGCAGAAAAGACCCACAGAUGCAUUUGGAAUAACGAGAUUAACAGAUUUCAGUGUUGAAUUUUCCUGGGUAGAAUAUUGCAUCCAGACAUUGUGUGAUAUAUAAAGGCAUAUACAGUUGAAGUCGGAAGUUUACAUACACUUAAGUUGGAGUCAUUAUAACUUGUUUUUCAACCACU